UUCUGACUGACUGCCUGAUUCCUGAAGUGAAAUGAGGCAUUGAGUUAGCAGCUCCCACUGCAAUGGUGCUAGUUACACACACACACACACAGUCACACAGUCAGUAUAUCAACUUUAGUUGGGGCUUUUCCUGGCGUCAGAAAAAAUAAACAAUGCCAAAAACAGAACUCUGGAAAACCCAACAUUUCCUCAUUGGCCAUUGGUCAGUUCUCUGAUUCCCAAUCUUUCAAUUGGCCCAUUCUAUUGUCUCCCGCCUUCCACCCCCCUGUAGUGUGCGUGUGCCAGAUAUUACUGCAAUGGUCAUGGAUGCAUUGUUUAGCUGUAUUGUGUGUGUGUGUGUGUCUGUCUGUGUGUGUGUGUUACAGCCGUGUGGUUGACUGAAUUGUUUAGCUGGGAGAGAGUUCUGAGGAGGUCAUGUCAACAUCAAGGUCUAGAGAGAGAGAGUUGGGAAAGAAACAGAAAAUAGAGAGUGGGGGAGUAGAGUAGCAGUACCGUAUUAUUAUUAUUAUUAUUAUUAGUAGUAGUAGUAGUAGUACAGUAUUAUUAUUAUUAGUACAGUAUUAUUAGUAGUAGUAGUACAAUAUUAUUAUUAUUAUUAUUAGUAGUACAGUAUUAUUAUUAUUAGUAGUAGUAGUACAGUAUUAUUAUUAGUAGUAGUACAGUAUUAUUAUUAUUAGUACAGUUAUUAGUAGUAGUAGUACAGUAUUAUUAGUAGUACAGUAUUAUUAUUAUUAUUAGUAGUAGUAGUACAGUAUUAUUAGUAGUACAGUAUUAUUAGUAGUAGUAGUACAGUAUUAUUAUUAUUAGUACAGUAUUAUUAGUAGUAGUAGUACAGUAUUAUUAGUAGUACAGUAUUAUUAUUAUUAGUAGUAGUACAGUAUUAUUAUUAUUAGUAGUACAGUAUUAUUAUUAGUAGUAGUACAGUAUUAUUAUUAGUAGUAGUACAGUAUUAUUAUUAGUAGUAGUACAGUAUUAUUAUUAGUAGUAGUACAGUAUUAUUAUUAGUAGUAGUACAGUAUUAUUAUUAGUAGUAGUAGUAGUACAGUAUUAUUAUUAUUAUUAGUAGUACAGUAUUAUUAUUAGUAGUAGUACAGUAUUAUUAUUAUUAGUAGUAGUAGUACAGUAUUAUUAUUAGUAGUAGUAGUAGUACAGUAUUAGUAGUAGUAGUAGUAGUAGUAGUAGUAGUAGUAGUAGUACAGUAUUAUUAUUAGUAGUAGUACAGUAUUAUUAGUAGUAGUACAGUAUUAUUAUUAUUAGUAGUAGUAGCAUUAGUAGUUGAGUAUUUUUAGAGGACAAAGUUGGGAAAGAACUGAAAAAUUGGAGAGAGGGAGAGGGAUUUGGGGAGUAAAAAAGUUAUCUUGUGGUGUGUGUGUGUGUGUGUGUGUGUGUGUGUGUAACAUCAUAGAUAAAGUGACUCCUGUCCACCCACUCUCAGCAGGGAUAAUGAUGAUGACUCUAUCACUCAGACCUCCCCAUGUCCCCGAAACAGAGCUGGCUGGGAGAGGACAGACACACACACACACACAUUUCAACUGGAACUAAUAAGAACAAGGAACUGACUGAACCCCCCCCCCCCACACUCAGAAUACCAAGUGAAACCGAAUAAAUCCGAGACUCUCAGGGGACACGCAUGCAUGGAGCACAGAUUGAGGCCAGAUGUUUACAAUACAGAAACAGAGAAACAAGAUCCAUGUAUAAACUGAACAGAAUAAUCCUGUUUUUCGUUUGGAAUAGAACAAUGGAAUAAUAUAAACAUUUAUUAUUGCCACGUAGCUAUAUGCAAUACCUACAGUGGUUGAAUAGAAGGGCAGAUGGAUAGGCCUAUAGCGUUGGGCCUAAAUCUCUUUGAUCAACAACAGAUAGUCUAUAGCAGACUGACUUCCUAGCCUAAUAAUAACUGCGUAUCAGUGUUGGUUCAGCUCUAUCCAGAACCGAAAUCUUCUCCAUGACUCAAGUCAUGUUUUUGUUCUUCACCGUGGCCUUGCCUGCUCCUCCCUCUCUCUUUCCCUCUCCUCCCUCUACCUCUCUCUUUCUGUGCGGGAGGAAGGGGGCAGAAGUUAUAGUUACUCUCUCUUCACCGCUUUUGUUCUGAAACCGGAGCGUAGCAGAGCAGGGCGCGAGGCGGUGGUCGGUAUGGCGGGAGGCUCGAGCGGCUUCACAUUUCUCGGGGUUCUGCUGCUCGCGGCCAUUCUGCUGCAGACCGUGGCCGUUACCGUCACCGUGCUCUACUUCACCAACGUCCUCAACACGAUGAAGGAGACAUUUGCAAGGAGCAGUGUGUCUUGUCUGACACGGUCUGACCUCAGAGGGGGGUAUGUGCGCUCCCCGACCGAGGGGAGAGGAGACCCCUGCUGGCAGGUCACACAGCAACUACACACCCUCAUAGAGAAGUCUCUGUUUCAGCGAUAUCAGAGGGAGAUCUCCUCAGCAGUUAGAGAUGAGAUGUCCAGGGUUUUGCCCUCACUGGCAAUGGAGGACCAGGCUUCUUCUCGCCCCAAAGUUGCCGCCCACGUCACUGGCAGCUUCGCUCCCAAAGCAGCGAGGGAGGGAGGAGGUUCUCCCGGGCGGCGUGUGCAGGGGCAGAAGAUCUCGUGGUGGGAGGGGCAUAAAGGGCUGGCAUUCCUUCAGGACGUUCGAUUGAUUGAUGGGGAGCUGGUGGUGCCUUGCCCAGGACUCUACUAUAUCUAUGCCCAGACCUACUUCAGACACACCCACCCUGGGGGAGAGGAGGGGGAGGAAGAGGUGGAAGAGGAGAGGGAGCAGAGGGGGAGGCCCAUGUUGCAGUAUGUUUAUAAGAAGGUGUCGUCCUAUCCGGUACCCAUUCUGCUAAUGAAGACCAGCCGUACCUCCUGCUGGUCCCGGGAUUCCCAGUUCUCUCUACACUCUGCCCACCAGGGAGGGCUGUUCCCAUUGGCCACCGGGGACCGCCUCCUCGUCACCGUUAGCAACGCCUCCGCCAUCGACAUGGAUGAGAGGAGCAGCUUUUUCGGGGCUGUCCUGGUCAGCUAGUGGUCAGGGGUUAGUCUAUAUGGUGGCUUGGAUGGUUUGGGGCUAACGGACACCAGCAUACUCACUGUUUGGGAGCCAUAUGUGUGUGUGUACUGACAGACAGAUCAUUCUGAGAGCUGUGUGUGAGUAUGUGUGUUUGUAUGGGUGUACAGAUGUACAAAGCUUUAAGCUCUGUGACUGCUAGGCUGGACAUGCGAGGAGGCGUGAGCAGAGCUGGUGUGGUUAUCCUAUUAUCUUCCACUCUGGUGCCGAUGGCCUAGCCUUCCCUCAUGGCUCAUCCAAUUAGCUGUGCCUGAAGCCAGCAGGCCUGUGCUGAUUAGAUGAAAAGCAGAUGAGUGGCGUGAGGUCGGGGGCCAAUGUCUGCUUUAGAACUUCAGGACAACUGACCGACAAUGAAUCAGAGAGGGGAUGAUUGUGGAUAACUGUCUUACUGCUCUUUUCAUAUUAAAAGGAUGAGUCUCUUUUUCCUGUUUUUUUUUACUCUCAGAGAUGGGUUUUAAUGUAAUAUUUGAAUGUAGGGUGUUUUUGUGUUGUGAGUCUGUGUUAUAACUGUAAAUACAUUGAAUGUAUGUUGCUUGAUUGUAGACUUUUACAUUCUUAACAACCCCAAGCUCUCACCUGAGCAACACUGCCUGCAACCACACGUUCAAUUCAGCACUUUUUCACUUUUGUUUCAGUUUAAAUGUUUCAGGUCAUGACCCAGGAGGCCCUACUGUAGCCCAGGCCUACCGUCGCUAUUGGAACCAGUGCUAGGACAUGGGUAAUGUUGAGGACUUUACUCAAAUAUUUCUUGAUUCUCCCACCGACAGACAGGUGGACUGAUAUAGAUGUAUCUGUAGAUACAAACAGACAAGUAUGCAGUGAGACAGAGGGAGAGAGAGGGGUCUGGAUAGGGUUGUCAGUUUAGCCGCUUCAAUAGAGGAGAAUUAUAUGCAGAUGUUUUUGGGGAAGAAUUGUUUUCACAGCCCCUACAAUCAUGACUCCAGAUAGUGUUUGUGUGGGCUGUGUAGGCGACGGUUACCAUGGAGACUCACACUAAAUCUUUCAUCAAUAUGAAUCAGACUCAUGCACGAGUCCAACUGCUCUCAUGUUCAUGUAGAAUUAGCCUGGUUGCUGUCUCUUUUCAGCUAUUUCAUUCCACUUCUUGUGCUCCGUGUAAUUUGCCAAAGAGGGGCAUACUCUUUUGGUAAAUGACAUGUGGCAAGUAGUGGAAUGCUAGCUAAAACGACUAGUACUCUGACUAAUGUAGAACGGAAUCUGUAAGUAUGUGUGUACAAUAAAGACACUGUCCAAAUGAAAA